AGUACAACCCAUUGAUGAUUACAUUUAUGUCAAACUGUUUAUACAAUGCUUUACAGCAAAGUUGUAAUACAUUGUUGUUGUAAUCAAUUGUUUGCAAACAUCUGAUAACAUGUGAAUCCCAUUGACUUAUUGACCGGUUAUGUGAACAACAAUUAAUUGUAAUUAUGUUAUCAAUAGUUAAUAAAACAAUGUUAGCAAACAUUAAACACAUUGUUAGUCGACACCAACAAUGUUGGCCAACAGGUCCGCUACGGUAUGUAGUGUCGGACACUGCGACAAACAGUGUCACUGAAUCAGCUAUGAAUUGUUGGCAAUUAAAUGCUUACUCCAAGACAUUGAACGACACAACACUGUCAUUGAAUAUCAAUUGUCACAAACCUAUUAUACAAAAGCCAACAGAAAUGUUGGUUCGUGUCAUGUCUUCCAGCGUUAAUCCCAUUGACUUAGCCAUGAGCUCGGGUUAUGGCCGAUCACUUCUGGAUGUGCUUCAGAUGACCACUGAUUAUGGAGUCGAUGCCAUCACAUAUGAUAGACUUCCACUUAUUUUAGGCCGAGAUUUUUGUGGUCAAGUAGUUGAAUGCGGGCAUCAAGUGGUUCAAUACAAAGUGGGAGAUAUGGUUUGGGGGGCUUUACCUCCCUUCUGGAGGUCUGGCACUCUCUCACAGUUCAUUGUCGCCGAUCAAAGCCAUUUAUGUCUAAAACCAAGCAAUUUAUCGGUCAUAGACUCAUCUGCGAUACCAUAUGUAGGACUGACCGCUUGGGCGGCUUUGCAUACAAUCGGAGGUUUGAAUCAAUUGAAUGCUCGUAAUAAAAGAGUUCUUAUACUAGGAGGUAGUGGAGGUGUCGGUUCAUUUGCUAUUCAAUUAUUGAAGACAUGGGGCGCACACGUGACCACCACAUGUGCUGCCGAUGCAAUUGAUUUUGUCGUUAGCAAUACCGGUGCCGAUGAAUGUGUUGAUUAUAAUUCAAAUGAUUUGAUCGGAUAUUUAGGAACUUUUGAUUUGGUACUAAACGCUGCUAGUAUUGGACAGCACCGGGAUUUAAAGCCAGAGUUUGGUGUCAAGUAUUUACGCAAAUGGAAAUCAGCAAAAUAUGUGACACUUUCUACACCCCUAUUGAAUAAUACCGAUCAGUUUGGACUUAUAAUAGGCAGUGGCUUAUCUGCAUUCACGGCUAUUAAGCAAACAAUGGAAAGUUGUAUCGAUGGUCACAGUGUUCGGUGGGCCUACUUUUGGCCCAACCCUUGCGCUCUCAAAACAAUCACCAAAUUAGUUGAGAAAAAUCACAUCAAAGCAAUUAUUGAAAAUAAAAUAUCUUUUAGUGAUAUACCUCUGGCUUUUAAUAGACUAGCGAGAGGUCACGCGAGGGGUAAAACAGUCAUUGAAAUUGAAUAAUAUUAAACAAAUUGGUUAAUACUGUAGUUUGCU